CAAGCCGCCCGCUCGCAUUCACUGAUCAGCAUUUCGAGUAGAUAUACCAUAAGGUUCCUGUGGUGUAGUGAGAGUAACCAAUCGUUCAUCCAAGAAAGAGGAAGUAAGUGAAGUAAAGUAAAGCGGAAGAAAGUAUAUUCCAGUUCGUUUUAGUGCGAAAAAAGUGUUCAAUUUUAAACAAAGUUAUCGAAUCAUUUAAAAGAUGGCAGCCAAAGCACCAGCAGUCGGUAUCGAUCUCGGAACCACCUACAGUUGCGUCGGAGUGUUCCAGCAUGGCAAGGUGGAAAUUAUCGCCAACGAUCAGGGCAACCGGACGACACCGUCCUAUGUGGCGUUCACUGACACUGAGCGUCUGAUCGGCGAUGCCGCCAAGAACCAAGUCGCCAUGAAUCCGACCAACACAAUUUUCGACGCGAAACGUUUGAUUGGACGCAAGUUCGAUGACCAGACCGUACAGGCCGAUAUGAAGCAUUGGCCGUUCGAUGUGAUCUCGGUCGAGGGCAAGCCAAAGAUUCAGGUCGAAUACAAGGGUGAGACCAAGAAUUUCUUCCCGGAGGAAAUCAGUUCCAUGGUGUUGACCAAGAUGAAGGAAACCGCCGAAGCCUACCUGGGUAAGACGGUGACUAACGCGGUCAUCACUGUGCCCGCUUACUUCAAUGAUUCGCAGCGUCAGGCCACUAAAGAUGCCGGAACGAUUUCCGGUUUGAAUGUGCUGCGUAUCAUCAACGAACCAACCGCCGCGGCCAUCGCCUAUGGUCUGGACAAGAAAACUGCCGGCGAACGGAACGUAUUGAUCUUUGACUUGGGUGGCGGUACUUUCGAUGUGUCCAUCCUGUCGAUUGACGACGGUAUCUUUGAGGUAAAGUCCACCGCUGGUGACACUCAUCUUGGUGGAGAGGACUUCGACAACCGUCUGGUGAAUCACUUUGCUCAGGAAUUCAAGCGCAAGCACAAAAAGGAUCUGUCGACAAACAAGCGUGCUCUUCGUCGUCUGCGUACGGCAUGCGAACGCGCGAAGCGUACUCUGUCAUCGUCGACUCAGGCCAGCAUUGAGAUCGAUUCGCUGUUUGAGGGUACCGAUUUUUACACCUCAAUCACCCGUGCCCGUUUCGAGGAACUGAACUCGGAUUUGUUCCGUUCCACAAUGGAACCGGUCGAGAAGGCCAUUCGUGACGCUAAGAUGGACAAGGCCGGUAUUCACGACAUCGUCCUGGUUGGUGGAUCGACUCGUAUCCCGAAGGUACAAAAGUUGCUGCAAGAUUUCUUCAAUGGCAAGGAACUGAACAAAUCGAUCAAUCCCGAUGAGGCCGUUGCUUAUGGCGCUGCUGUCCAGGCAGCUAUUUUGCACGGAGAUAAGUCCGAGGAAGUUCAGGAUCUGCUGUUGCUCGAUGUCACCCCACUGUCGCUCGGUAUCGAAACCGCUGGAGGUGUGAUGAGCGUUCUGAUCAAGCGUAACACAACCAUCCCAACUAAGCAGACUCAAACCUUUACCACCUACUCGGACAACCAGCCCGGUGUGCUGAUUCAGGUGUUCGAAGGUGAACGUGCCAUGACCAAGGACAACAAUCUACUCGGAAAGUUCGAACUGUCCGGCAUUCCACCAGCCCCACGUGGUGUUCCCCAGAUUGAAGUUACCUUCGAUAUCGAUGCCAACGGUAUCCUGAAUGUGACUGCCUUGGAAAAAUCCACCAACAAGGAGAACAAGAUUACCAUCACCAACGACAAGGGUCGCCUUAGCAAGGAGGACAUUGAGCGAAUGGUUAACGAAGCCGAGAAGUAUCGCACUGAGGACGAGAAGCAAAAGGAAACCAUCUCCGCCAAGAACGCUCUGGAGUCGUACUGUUUCAACAUGAAGGCUACCAUGGAGGACGACAAGCUGAAGGACAAGAUCACCGACAGCGACAAGACGAUCAUCAUGGACAAGUGCAACGACACUAUCAAGUGGUUGGACGCUAAUCAGCUGGCGGAGAAAGAGGAAUACGAACACCGCCAGAAGGAGCUGGAAUCCGUCUGCAAUCCAAUCAUUACCAAGCUGUACCAGAGUGCCGGCGGUGCCCCUGGUGGUAUGCCUGGAUUCCCUGGUGGUGCUCCGGGCGCUGGUGCGGGCGGUGCUGCUCCAGGUGCCGGCGCCGGUACCGGAUCCGGACCGACCAUCGAGGAGGUCGAUUAAACCUUACGUUCUCCAGUUCUCCCUUUUCAAUUCAAACAUUUGAAUUCGAUUGCUACAAAUACUUACAGAAAUUCACAAACAGGAUCGAUUUUAACAGAAACAGACACAGCAGUGGUCACAUUCCUCUUUUUAAUAGACUAGCAAACGCAUUUUUCGCAAUGGAUUGCAUUUGUUUUUUUUUUUUGUGUUUUGACCUUUUCAUUCUGACUGAAGUUCUAUGCAAUUCAUUUUAAGCGUCGCUAUUUGGGGUUCGUUUACUUUUAGCUGUCAGACUAAAAGGAUUUGUCUGAAGUGGACCCUACACGAGACAAAAAUAGUGACCAUAAUAUUUCUAUGUCAAUUUGAAUUCUAUUGGCGAUUUAAAUGUCGGUAAAGAAGUUUGCGCCAUUUGCUUACAAUGAACCUAUAUUUGUCAAACAUCGGUCUUUACAAAAAAAUUAGUUGGACAUUUCAUAAAUGUUUUACAAAAAUUCUGUAAGACAUGUACCGACUUUGGAUCGCGAAUUGAACUUUAAUUUUCAACGCGCUCUUACACUAUCAAUAAUUGGUUUAUUGUCUAUUUCUGUUCGUGUAGGGUUCGCAUAACGGCGCUUUGUUCGACUUUUCCUGUUACGAUAUUAGACUAAUCCAGAGAUUAAUUCUGUUAUACGACGGAUUGAUUUUUUGAACGAAUACGGUUCAAUCGUAUUCGACUCGGUUUGCUGUCAUUUACGUGACUACGCGUAAUCAUUCGGAAUUUAGAAUAAUUUUAGGAAAUCCGUUCAAAAAAGCAUUUCGUCGUAAUACCCAGUGCAGCAGACGGUUACAUAUUUGAAAUUACUAAUACCAACUGUGAACAAACACACCAAAUAGAAAAAAAAAUUAAACUCAGCUAGCGAAUGAAAAAUAAACAAUCGGAAACAAGUUUUGAAUCUGAAAA